CCUCUGAGUUGUCGAACUUUUCUCAUCCGAGGCGGCAGGUCGUUCGGCUCCUGCUGGAAUGAAAACAUCCCCGCUUGCAUCCGCUGCGAGACCGGGCAUGACGGCGCGGACCGAGCAGAGGGUGUAGCCACAUCUGGCGGAGCGCUUGCGAGAAGCACGAGCCUCGGCGCACCGAAACGUCCGCCGGCGUCCGGGGAGAUGGGGGAGACCGAGGACGAGAGGGAAAGCGACGCCGGGAAGCUCUUCGAGGAUUUUGUCCAGGCCUCCACCUGUAAGGGGACUCUGCAGGCCUUCAACAUCCUGUGCGGGCAGCUGGACCUCGACCCCGCCGACCACGCCGCCUUCUACGAAAGUCUGAAGGCCAAGGUCACCACCUGGAAAGCCAAAGCGCUAUGGAGCAAGCUGGACAAGAGGAUGUCCCACAAGGAGUACAAGAAAGGGGACGCCUGUGCGGGCACCAAGUGCCUCAUCGUCGGCGGAGGUCCCUGCGGCCUGCGCACGGCCAUCGAGCUCGCCUUGACGGGGGCCAAAGUGGUGGUGAUGGAAAAGAGGGACUCCUUCUCCAGGAACAACGUGCUGCACCUCUGGCCCUUCACCAUCCACGACCUGCGGGGCCUCGGGGCCAAAAUGUUUUACGGCAAAUUCUGCGCCGGGGCCAUAGAUCACAUCAGUAUCAGGCAGCUGCAGCUGAUGCUGUUGAAGGUGGCCCUCAUCGUCGCAGUCGAGUUUCACAUCAACGUGGAGUUUGUCAAGCUGGUGGAACCUCCUGAGCACCAAGACCAUGAAGGGCCGGGCUGGAGAGCCGCGAUCCGACCCGCUGAUCAUCCCGUGGCUGACUUUGAGUUUAACGUGGUGGUGGGGGCCGACGGGCGCAGGAACACGCUGGAAGGUUUCAAAAGGAAAGAGUUUCGCGGCAAGCUGGCCAUCGCCAUCACCGCCAACUUCGUCAACAGGAACACGACGGCGGAGGCCAAGGUGGAGGAAAUCAGCGGCGUGGCCUUCAUCUUUAACCAGAAGUUCUUUCUCGACCUCAAAGAAGAAACAGGCAUCGACUUGGAGAACAUCGUGUACUACAAGGACAACACGCACUACUUUGUCAUGACUGCAAAGAAACAGAGCCUGCUGGACAAAGGAGUUGUCAUUAAUGAUUACACGGAGACGCAGAGGCUGCUGAGCAGCGAUAACGUCAACCAGGAAGCCCUCUUGUGCUACGCUCGAGAGGCUGCCGACUUCGGCACCAACUACCAGCUUCCCACGCUGGACUUCGCCACAAACCACUGCGGGCAGCCAGACGUGGCCAUGUUCGACUUCACCAGCAUGCACGCCUCCGAGAACGCCGCUCUGGUCAGGGAGAGGUUUGGACACCAGCUGCUGGUCGCACUAGUGGGCGACAGCCUGUUGGAGCCUUUUUGGCCCAUGGGGACCGGCUGCGCCAGAGGCUUCCUGGCCGCCUUUGACACGGCCUGGAUGGUGAAGAGCUGGGCUCAGGGUCGAACAGUACUCGAGGUGCUGGCAGAGAGGGAAAGCAUUUACAGGUUGCUGCCACAAACAACACCGGAAAACAUUGCCAAAAAUUUGGAACAGUACACCAUCGACCCAGCGACGCGAUACCCCAACCUCAUCUCCUCAUGCGUCAGGCCUCACCAGGUGCGCCACCUGUACUUGAGCGGAGAGCUCAAUCCGUGCUCCCUGGAGCGUGCCGCCUCCAUCCGUCGACCUGUUAAUAUCUGCAGACGAGAUUCCGAGAUCAGACCUGCCAGGCUUCUCACGUGGUGCCAGAAACAGACGGAAGGUUACAGGAACGUGACAAUCACGGACCUGAUGUUCUCCUGGAGUAGCGGCCUGGCCUUGUGCGCCUUGAUCCACAGGUUCAAACCCCAUCUGAUAGACUUUGAGUCAUUAAGUGAGCAAAACCAGGCUGAGAACCUCCAGUUGGCUUUUGACAUCGGGGAGCGGGAAUUUGGGAUCAGACCGUUUGCGUCUGUGAAAGAGCUGAGCGGCGGCCUGGAGCUGGAGAAGACCAAAGUCAUCAACUACCUAUCCAAAUUCUACGAACUCUUCCGAGGCACACCUUUACCUGAUGCAGGCUGCAGACGGGUGGACGAAAACGGUGAAGAUUAUCCAUCUAAGGAAGUCCGAAGUAGUAAUAACGUUCUUAAUCUUGCUCUGCCAAGGAAACGUGUUCCAAAGGAUGAGAAAAAAACAGAUGAUAGUGACUCCAGUUACAAAAGGAGGAGGAAAUUUUGCACUUAUUUGGAGGAGGCCAGCGUCUUGUCCGCGAAAGGGAGCUCAAUGUGGGAUGGAAGGGAACCCAAAGAGAACAAAGUGCGCUCCAUGGCUACUCAGUUACAGGCCAAAAUGGAGAACACAACGAGCUACACGCAAAGGAAACUGUCAGGGAGUUCCUCCCCACCUCCUUCUCCUCCAACCUUCGACCCUGCUGAGUGUGUGCCCCUAAAAUUAUCGCCUCCCGUCCCGCCCAAGCCUCCACCUGAGUUACAGUUCCAAGCCCGCAUCAGACACGCGGCGCAAAACUCAGUCCCCGCGGUGCUUCGACCCAAAGCCCGGGAGAUCCCGCCUCUGCCUCCGUGCUGCUUCGCUGACGUGAAACUCAGACGUGUGCUUCCGACACACGAGCAGGCGGAGAUCUCGCCAGAAUCAGAGAGCGAAGGGUGGACCGCGCCCUCCGCCCACUCGGCGGUCGCGUUCAUGUCCAGAGUUCUGCAGCGCCUCAAGGAGGUGGAUGAACUCAUCUGUGAGAAAAAGGCUCAGUCGCGACAAACUCGAGAGUUUCAGUCAAAGAGCAUAAAGGAGAAAGCCGUUCACCUCAGCGGCUUGAUUUCAGCAGACAGCUCCGUUGUUAGCAAGGGCAGCUCGUUCCAACGAGGCUUCCCCCAGUGCGGCGAAAAGUGCCACUCGUGCCAGCGGCGCGUUUAUCUGGUGGAGAGGAUUUGUGCGGAGGGCUUCUACUUCCACAGGGAGUGCUUUCGCUGCACCACCUGCAGCUCGGCCCUGCGCCAGGGAUCGCACGCCUUUGACUCGCAACACGGUAAACUGUACUGCAAGCUUCACUUUGAUCGCCUUAACAAUGGGAAAAGCCUGCUGUCUCCACGCACGAAUCAUUUGGCGAGGCGGUUUGAGGGGCGAUGUGGCGCUGCGGAAGAGAGCGCCCCCUCCAGCUGCACGGCGGCUCUGCAGAGCCAGCCCGCCGCAGGUACCUUCAGCUCUUUGGUGAGAAAGCAGCUGAGCAGGCCCCUGAGCGUGGCGAGCGCCGUGACUGGCGCCCCCAGGCGGGUGUGCCGCCGGGUACGCGGGGCAGCGCGGGCCUUCGCUUGCCACCUCAGGGACAACGUCCAGGACUAUAUCUUCCUAUACGAGCUGCUGAGCCUGAGCUUGCCCCUGCUGCUGGUUUUAUACGACGUUCUGCUGCAGAUGCAAACGGAGGCCGCGCCCAGUGGGCCGGGCCCUUGGGUUCUGCGGGUGUAGGCGAUAAUCUAACCGUGGUGGUUGUGGGUUUCAGUGCGGCUCGGUCCAUUUUUUUUUUUUUUUUUUUUUUUUUUUAAAUAAGCCACGGUGAAUAAGGUUGCAUCAAAUACAAUGUCAACAACCUAAUAUCAUAAUUACCAAAGUAAUUUAAUGUUUUCAUAAAACAAGAAAUGACAACAAAUUACAAAUCUGGAUUCAACCUUUACAGAUUACCAUGCGCUUGAUGAUUGAGAAUUUAUGCAGAUAUUAAAAAAACAUUUUUUUUCCCCCACAGACACAUUUUUUUAAUUGAUAUAGUGACUGCUUAUGCUAUUAUCCUAAUGAUAAGUAGAAUACAAAUUCUUAAAAUUAGUGAAUGUUUGACAUUUUGAUCCAGAACAAAGUCUGUAUUUCAAAUUACAAUAAAUCUAAAAGCAUCUAAACAUACUUUGUGGUUUAAUCAUGCUGGAUCAAAUCAGCUCAGGAGAAAAUUUGAAUAUUAAGACUUUAUGACAUAAUACAGGGUGAGACAGAUUUUUUUUUCAUCCAAAUAAAAAUGGAUUUUCUUUUGUUUUUAAAUGUAAUCAAAUAAUUUUGUGAGCACACAAGUCAUUUGCACACUCCGAUUGAAUAAUAUACAUCAUCAAAAAACGAAAUGGAUAUCUUUUUUUUUUUUUUUUUGCGCAAGAGCGAGCGCACUUGAAAUUUCCGGCUGCUAAAAUGUCAAAUGGUUGCCGGGUGUUUUCGUAAGUGACGCUGAGAGCGGCCGUUAACGCUCGCACGUUGCUCAGGUCAUGACGACUGACUGCCUUCAAGCACUUUAUAUCCCAGAACUGCCUUCAGGAUCUAACAGUGGCGAAAAGUGGACUGAAAUCUGGCGUGAUCUUGCAUAUGUGCAAUUUUCUUUAUCAUAAUAUGUAUUAUCUCAUGCUGUGGCCCGGCUUCUUAGUAUUUAGUUUGUACUUCGCUGCCAUCUACUGUCGAGUCUCCGCAUAACGAGGCCUUGAAGCCCACACCUUCAGUUCUGGCGAGAACUGACAGAGACUCGGUAUUUUAUUUUAUUUUUGAUUAUUAAUUUUUAUUUACUGUAGACAACGGAGGCUGGCGAGCUCGCCGCUCUUGCUGUAACCUCUUCUAUAACAUCUAUCGUGGCUUAUCUGGCACUUUAGCAAUUUUUUUUUGAAUUAACGUUUUUGUUUACGGCAAUAUGGCGUUGGAUUUGCUCUCAGCUAUUGACUUUUAAGAUGCCGCACGGCUGAAACAACUUUAAACUCAGCUGCACGUGUGAUGUUUAUUACACCAGAUGUGGAAAAACAGUUUUAUAAUCCGCGUUACGAAAAAAAGCCAAGUUGCGGAAAUGUUUGUCCGCGUAACGGCUCCGCGAUUAUGAAACCAAUUACAAAAUGUCUUUUUUUUUUUUUCUAAAUUGUACUGUAUCUUGUAUUCAAGACUCUGCUUAAUUGCGUUGUUUUCCUUCAUGUGUGUAUGUUUUUUUUUUGUGUGUGUGUGUUUUAGACAUUUCUCUUCUCCUAGUGUGAUCUGUCUGAGACGGCCGAAUGCUCACAAAUCUUGUUCAAAGGUGAUCGCACGGCACGGUCGUGAGUUUUGUGUGUUUUGUUUCCCCCCCGCACGCGCCAACUUCCAAAUAACUCGAGUGUCAAUCCGCUGUGACUGCAUUGACGAUUGUGAGUUUUAAUUAAAGUUGGCCCUGGCUUUCACAUUG